GUUCCUAUCCUGCUUUUUUUUUUAUCGGUUGAAAAAAUUGGACUACCAUUCCAUAAGUCCUUUAGGUUCUUUCGGAGAACCUUCUUUUACGGUUUAGGGUUAGGUCUUGGAUGAUACACCAUAUCACCGACGAGUCCCACGACAGGUUUCGAAGAAGAAACAACUACAGUCGAUGCUGAAAUCGCUGUCCUGGACUACCAUUUCAUAAGUGCUCUAUGUUCGAAUCUCUACCACCAGUUGUGAAAUCAAGGGUCACAUGCACCAUUGUAUGGUGGAAACCUCUGGUGUCUGUUGAGAAUGAGCAAGAGCCUGCCUUUUGUCAAGAUGAAGGAUGAUGACUUAUGAUUUAUACUUAGAGAAGAUACGGAUCGAUGAUGAAGAAUCCUCGAGCUCGAUCGUCGAACGAACGGGGUCCUCGAUAAGAACUCUGUAUGCAGGCCCCUGGUGUGGUUCCCGCUUGCUCAACAAUUACUCGUAUAAGCUGAAAGUUGCACUGGCCCGCACGUAUAAAACCGACGUUUUUUUAUCCGAUUUUGUUGCGAUUACAUACGUAUCUACAUUGUCAUAGCAAAAAGAAGGCGAUAUUUGAUACCUGCUUUCUCAAAAAGCAGACACAUGUAAUAUCAUGUAAUGGCUUAAAAGAGUUAUCAGAAAUUCGGAGGCUAGUAGAGCCUCCUAAGACCACGCGAAUUAUUGAAGUUAUAUUGAUUUGAUCAAGAGUCGGAAGUCAUCCGCUAGCACACACAUCAUGAGUUUUCAUAGCUCUUCUAAGUUGUGGACUUCUGCUCUUCUAAAUUUUGGUGCACAUUCAUGUCUUCAUUAAAUGAAGUUUGAUGUUGAUGGAGGUCUUGUGAGUCGCAGGACUUCGAUGCGACACUGCAAGAAGAUGUUGUUCGCGCUUGCAUCUCAGAAGUUCUUUAUUGAGAAGAGUCAUGGUCAUCUUCAAGAGCAGAAUGGAAUCCUUAGGGAACGAAUU